UGAAUUUUCAGAUUUCUGGAUAAUGGUAAUCCCGUGGGACUAAGGGAUAUAGGCGCUGGAUAAGCAUUUGGACACUGUCCUCACUCCCGCCAAGUUCAGACCAUAAUCAUGGAAGCUCUGGCGCUUCCUUCUAUGAAUUCUCUCACCAUUUCCUGUUCUAAUUUGCAGAAAGGGAGUUUCGCCAACUUGCCCGGAACACUGCAUCACUGUAAAUUUUACGGGCAAUCCACCUUGAAGUUCAGGCCCCUUCAUGGUACCCGCCACUAUCAGUCCAAUGUUAUCAAAAUGCAAAGUGACAGUGAAGACUAUGAGCUGAAGCAAAUGAGGGACAUGGCUGCAGCUAAAAAGAGAUGGGACUCUCUGAUUCGGGAGGGCAAAGUGAAAGCUCUGACGCCAAGGGAAGCUGGUUAUGCCAUUCAACUCUCUGAUAAGACAUUGCUUGAUGUGCGUCCUUCUACAGAACACCAAAAGGCAUGGGUUAAAGGCUCAACAUGGAUCCCUAUCUUUGAAGUUGAUGACAAAGUUGAUCCUGGAACUCUUUCUCGAAAGGUCACAAGCUUCAUGAUGGGGGGUUGGUGGAGUGGUGUGCCUACAGUAUCCUACAAUAGCCGCUUCUUGUCAGAAGUUCAAGAGCAAUUUCCAAAGGAUGCUGACCUUAUUCUUGCAUGUCAAAAGGGAUUGAGGUCCCUAGCUGCAUGCGAGCUCCUCUACAAUGCUGGUUACAAAAACCUCUUCUGGGUUCAAGGGGGUCUAGACGCUGCUGAAGAAGAGGAUCUGGCCAGAGAAGGUCCUCAGCCUUUAAAAUUUGCUGGGAUUGGUGGGGUCUCAGAAUUCCUUGGCUGGACCGAUCAACAAAGGGUGGCUGGUGCCAAAGAAGGUUGGGGUUAUCGCUUGGUUUACUCUGCUCGUCUGAUUGCAGUCUUCCUUGCUGCUGAUGCCCUGUUUAUUGGCGCUCAGCAAUUGGGUCGCUAUAUUCAAGACUUGCGGUCUCACUAAGGUCACUUACUGGGGUGGGUUGUGUAGUAGCAUGAAACACAUGAGAGACUAAGGUCUCUGAGGUUUUGGCUAGAGUAGAGAGUUCUGUGUGAUGAGGAUGCUUGGAAUUAAUUAUAUGUCUUGGAGAGAUCUGCUGAUGCUCUGUUCUA